GACACUUGGGCGGUGAACAACCACAAAGGCACAAUGGGGGGUUUCAGAGGUUUUAUUCUUUUCUUGGUCCUGUACCUGCUGCAGGGGUCAAAAGCUUCCUUCAUCGAGCUGAAUGACAAUGGCUAUGAAGGCAUUAUCAUUGCUAUAGAUCCUGGUGUGCCAGAAGAUGACAAAAUAAUUGACCAACUAAUGGACAUGGUGACAGCAGCUUCCACUUACCUGUUUGAAGCCACAGAAAAAAGAUUUUUUUUCAAAAAUGUGUCUAUAUUAAUUCCUGAGAAUUGGAAGGGAAAUCCUCGAUACAAGAGGCCAAAACUUGAAAGCUACCUACAUGCUGAUGUUAGAGUUGCACUGCCUACCCUCCCAGGUAGAGAUGAACCAUACACCAAGCAGUUCACAGCCUGUGCGGAAAAAGGAGAAUACAUUCAUUUCACCCCUGACUUUGUACUGGGAAAGAAACAAAAUGAGUAUGGACCAUCAGAUAGACUGUUUGUCCAUGAGUGGGCCCAUCUCCGCUGGGGAGUGUUUGAUGAGUACAACGACGAUCAGCCUUACUACAGUGCCAAGUCAAAAAAAAUUGAAGCAACAAGGUGUUCCACAGGUAUCUCUGGUAUGAACAGAGUGUACACGUGUCAAGGAGGUAGCUGUAUAUAUAGAACAUGUAGAACCAAUUCUACAACAAAACUCUAUGAAAAAGACUGUCAAUUUUUCCCUAAUAAAGUUCAGACAGAAAAGACAUCCAUAAUGUUUAUGCAAAGUAUUGACUCUGUCUCCAGAUUCUGUAAUGACAAAAACCAUAACCGAGAAGCUCCAAGUCUACAAAAUAUAAAGUGUGAAUAUAGAAGUACAUGGGAGGUGAUCAGCAGUUCUGAGGAUUUUAAAAGCACCACUCCUAGAGAGGCACCACCCCCUCCAACUACUUUCUCAUUGCUGAAAAUCAGUCCAAGAAUUGUGUGCUUAGUUCUUGAUAAGUCUGGAAGCAUGUCGAGUGAUAACCGCCUAAAUCGAAUGAAUCAAGCAGGAAAAUUUUUUCUGCUCAAUAUUGUUGAAAAUGGAUCCUGGGCGGGGAUGGUUCACUUUGAUAGUAGUGCCAGUGUUGCAAGUGAGCUCAUCCAAAUAGUGGGCAGCAAUGAAAGAGACCAGCUCGUGGCAAGCUUACCUCCAGUAGCUUCCGGAGGAACUUCCAUCUGCACUGGAAUUCGAACUGCAUUUCAGGUGAUUAGAAAGCUACAAUCUGAACUAGAUGGAUCUGAAAUAGUGCUGCUGACUGAUGGAGAAGACAAGACUGUAAGCAGCUGUGUUAAUGAAGUAAAAUUAAGCGGAGCCAUUGUUCAUGUUAUUGCUUUGGGACCAUCUGCUGACAGUGCAGUAGAUGAGUUGAGGACUUUAACAGGAGGAAAGUAUUAUUAUGCUUCAGAUGAUGCUCAGAACAAUGGCCUCAUUGAUGCUUUUGGAGACCUUACAUCAGGAAAUGCGGAUGUCUCCCAGAAGUCACUGCAGCUUGAAAGUAAAGGACUAACUCUGGAUAGUAACAACUGGAUGAACGGCACUGUAAUAAUUGAUAGCACGGUGGGAAAAGACACAUUCUUUCUCAUCACAUGGAAGAGCCAGAAACCCAGUAUUUUCCUCUGGGAUCCCAGUGGAAGAGAGGCAGGAAGUUUCACAGUGGAACUAAGCACCAAAAUGGCCUAUCUCACUAUUCCAGGAACUGCAAAGGUGGGCAUUUGGACCUACAGCCUUCAAGCCAAAACAAGUCAGGAAACAUUAACUAUUGCAGUAACUUCAAGAGCAGCAAAUUCUUCUGUACCUCCAAUCACAGUGAGUGCUAAAAUGAAUAAAGACACAAACAGCUUCCCCAGCCCAAUGAUCGUCUAUGCGGAAGUUCUACAAGGGUAUGUACCCGUUGUUGGAGCCAAAGUGACUGCUUUCAUUGAAUCAACCAGUGGAAAUACAGAAGUUUUGGAACUUUUUGAUAAUGGUGCAGGUGCUGAUUCUUUCAAGAAUGAUGGCGUCUACUCCAGGUAUUUUACAGCUUUUAAAGAAAAUGGCCGAUAUAGCUUAAAAGUACAGGCACAAGGAGGAAAAAACUCUGCCACACGAAGCUUUAGGCAUCCACCGAAUAGAGCCCGUUACAUACCAGGCUGGGUGGUGGAUGGGAAAAUUGAAGGGAACCCACCAAGGCCUGAAAAUGCUGAAAAUACUCAAACAACCGUGGAGGAUUUUAGCAGAAUGGCAUCUGGAGGUGCAUUUGUAGUAUCACAAGUUACACCUGGUUCCGUGGCUGAUGUGUUCCCACCAAGUCAAAUUACAGAUCUUGAUGCCACACCUGAUGGGGAUGAGAUCACCCUAACAUGGACAGCACCAGGAGAUGAUUUUGAUGUUGGAAAAGUUCAACAGUAUAUCGUAAGAAUAAGUGGAAGUAUCCUUGAUCUAAGAGAUAAUUUCGAUAAUGCUCUUCAAGUAAACACUACUGAUCUGCUACCACUUGAAGCCAACUCCAAACAAACCUUUACAUUUAAGCCAGGAAAUAUCUCAGAAGAAAAUGCAACCCACAUAUUUAUUGCCAUUCAAAGUGAAGAUAAAAGCAGUUUGAGAUCGAACAUAUCCAACAUUGCACAAGUAGCUUUGUUUAUUCCUGAAGCAGAUCCUAGUCCUGAUGGAAAUAAUCCUAACCCUGAUGGAAAUCAUCCUAAUCCUGAUGGAAAUAAUCCCAGUUCUGGAGUUAACAUUUCUGUGUUGGUGUUGUCAGUGGUUGGAUCUGUUGUAGUUGUUAGCAUUAUUGUAAGUACCACAGUGUGUAUUUUAAAGAAGAAAAGAUCAAACAGACCUAGAACAGGGUUUUAAAACAACAACAACAACAUAA